ACGUAAUAAAUACACGCCAGGUGCCUGCAGUUUGGUUUACCUGAGUGAGGUGCGCUUGGAGCACCAAUAUUGGACAUUUGACACCUGAGAGGACUGCAAACACUAUUCCUGUGGGUGAUUGAAAAGGGGACAUCGACAAUGAUACUAUUUUUCAUACUUGCAGUUUUCUCCUCUGCCAGAGGCCUACAGGUGACCAUUGGACAACCUACAUAUGAGGUUGCGCGAGGCGAUGAUGUCACCCUGCUGUGUAGUUUCAUUCCUGCUGCACAACCCAACCCCUCCACGUUGGUCAUCAUCACAUGGUCCAUGGAGGCUGAUAGCCCUGUUGAUCCGAAGAUUGUUAUUGCCACAUUCUACUCUAUCAAAAAUCAAGUGGACAUCAAGCCUUCCUAUAAAGACCGAGCAGAGAUGACCCAUGACAUCACUGGAGGGCGGAGCACCCUGACCCUCCGCAAGGUGUCCAUGCAGGACAACAGGCUGUGGCAGUGCAGGGUGCAGAUCCCUGGAGACGAGGAGGGGACGCCUUCCACCACCACCGAACUAGUGGUCCUUGUGGCUCCCUCUGUGCCCGUCGUCAGCGUACAGGGCGAAGCAGAGUACUGGAACAACAUCAACCUGACCUGUGUGUCUGAGGAGGGCUCCCCCGCGCCGACCUAUAGCUGGAAAACAAACGAUGUCACGAAUACUCCCAGAGUAUUCCCACCGAGGACCACUGAGAAGAAUGGUGUUCUAUCUCUGUUUAAUAUCUCCAUGGAGACUUCUGGUUUCUUCAUCUGCACCGCGACCAACCAGGUCCGAUCUGCCAGCUCAAACUUCACCCUCACUGUCAUGCCCCCCUCCAUGAAGGUCGGGUCCACAGUAGCCAUCAUCGGAGGGGUCGUAGCUGGGUUCCUGGUCCUGGGAUUGUCAUAUACUGCUGCAGGAAGAAGAGGAACAAAUCUAAACAGGAGAAUGUUCAAGGUGUUCCAGAAGUGGUGAAGUUCCAUGACACGCCGACACUCAACGUUGGGGCAGGUUACCGGGACGACAUACCGGAAGACAGGACUGAGGGGAGCAUCGUGCUGCAUGACCAAUACGAGACAAAAGGGGAGAUGGAUCACGAUGACCAAAGUGUUAGAACAGAUUGCAGUGAUGGCCGUAAGGAGAAGUCUGAUGACAACCGCAACAACUAUGGAGAUCAGCGCGAUCGCUAUGGUGGCAGCCGCGAUCGCCUCGACGACCAGCGCGAUCGCUAUGGUGGCAGCCGCGAUCGCCUCGACGAUCAGCGUGUUCGAUAUGGUGGCAGUCGUGAUCGCCUUGACGACCCACCUGUUCGCUUUAGUGGCAGCCGCGAUCGCCUUGACGACCCACGUGUUCGCUAUGGUGGCAGCCGUGAUCGUCUUGACGACCCGCCUGUUGUUCGCUAUGGUGGCAGCCGUGAUCGCCUUGAUGACCCGCCUGUUGUUCGCCAUGGUGGCAGCCGUGAUCGUCUUGAUGACCCGCCUGUUGUUCGCCAUGGUGGCAGCCGUGAUCGUCUUGAUGACCCGCCUGUUGUUCGCCAUGGUGGCAGCCGUGAUCGUCUUGAUGACCCGCCUGUUGUUCGCCAUGGUGGCAGCCGUGAUCGCCUUGAUGACCCGCCUGUUCGCCAUGGUGGCAGCCGUGAUCGCCUUGAUGACCCGCCUGUUCGCCAUGGUGGCAGCCGUGACCGCCUUAAUGACCAGCAUGAUCGGUACAAUGACCAGUACGACGAAUCAUAAGAUGACCAACAUGUCCUAUUUCCAGGUUGUCCAAGGGAAUUACAGCCAUCCUCCUCAAUGCUAAUCUGCUGGUACAGGGAGCCUACUUCAGUAGUAUCCCAUGCUGGUGCACUACCCUAUCAUUUCCCCUUUGAUUCUAAUGCCUCACAAACAAUCAUUAAUGUUACUCGAUUUCCAGGCUGUUGUUAACUGCCCAAGGUGCUCAGUGAUUUGGACAUUUACUCAAUCAAAAUAAUACCAGAUCUUGGUGCACUUGAUAACCGGAAUUUGGAAAAUACAAAAUUUAUUUUAUUUGAUAGACAAACUAGGCCUAGACUUGGUCUUGGUAUUUUAUGAGCAUCCCCAUUAACUGUUGCAAAAGCAGCAGCUACUCUUUCUGGAGUCCACAAGAACAGCUCAAUAGACAAGAACAGCUCAAUAGACAAGAACAGCUCAAUAGACAAGAACAGCUCAAUAGACAAGAACAGCUCAAUAGACAAGAACAGCUCAAUAGACAAGAACAGCUCAAUAGACAAGAACAGCUCAAGGACAGAAGAUAAUAUGACAAGACCAAAUUUCUAACUGAAACAUGGCCCAUGGGUCACUUCUCCACGGCCCUGUAAAGACCUGAAAGGACUGGAUCAAGAUCUGUGUCUAGGUGGUGAAGGCCUCUCUUCAACAGCUACUGUGUCACUGUGUCUUAGUCUCCUACAUGAGGCUAACAGAAAGCUAUUACCAUGCUAUUCAGAAGGAUUCCUCUCAAGGAGGUUGAUGAAUUACCUUGUGGUUGGUGUGAACCAACUGGACCUAAAUCAAGUUUUACCAUGAAAACAAGUGCCCUUGGGUUGUAUGACCCCAUGUUGAGUUGAGUAUGUGUGUAAUUAUGGAAUUGUUUUGACCCUGUGUUACAUAUUUGAAUUAUUACUUUGUGGUGAAAGUAGACGACAUCAAAUCUUUUUUUUUUUAUAACGCACUGAUUUCCUGUUUUCUUUGCUAGUAAUUACUCCAAUCAAUAAAUGAACUGUAAGGUGUAUGGCAAGGAAGAGACUUAUGUAAUUACGACAUUUGUAUUAAUUUAAAUGAAUCAUAUAUAUAUAUGUUUUAAACAAGAUAAUAAAGGGAAGAAGUGGAGGAAAAACU